UAUACAAAUACAUGGAGCCGAUCUCCACUGUAAAUCAAAUCCGGGCUCCUCGCGACGAGCCCUGUAGGAAAAACCAGAACUAAAACACGCGAGAUCUCAACUCUCUCAGCAUCUCCAUUUCCAGAUCUCAAUUAUUCGUCAUUUCUUUCUCUAAUCAAAUAAGAAAAGAAUUAGAAAUGGCGGCGGGUGGUUUUGUUAGCCGCGCAUUUGAAUCGAUGCUAAAGGAAUGUUCGGGCAAGAAGUUCCCCGAUCUCCAAAAGGCUAUCCAAUCUUAUUUAGAUGAUACAAAAGAGGUGACACAGCAGCCUAAACCCAUUGAGACGAAUCAGGCAGCAUCGUCUGCUGGAGACGGGAGCUCACUUGAUUCUGAGGGUGAAGGUGCAAAAACUGGAACAGAAUCAGAUCAGUCAGAAACGGUUCAACAUACUUCUGAAGAGGCACAGCAGGCGAGUAAGCAAGCAGGCAUUAGUCGAAGCAUUACAGUUGUACUGGCAAAUGCUGGGUGCACCUUGGAAGGAGCUGAAGCGGAGCUUGUUUUAAAUCCACUACGUUUUGCAUUUGAGACGAAGAAUUUGAAAAUCUUAGAACCUGCUUUGGAUUGUCUUCAUAAACUCAUUGCAUAUGAUCAUUUAGAGGGAGAUCCUGGUUUGGAAGGUGGUAAAAAUGUUCCGCUGUUUACGGACAUUCUGAACAUGGCUUGCAAUUGUAUUGAUAAUUCAUCACCUGAUAGUACGAUUCUUCAAGUGUUAAAGGUACUUCUGACAGCUGUGGCAUCCACAAAGUUUAGAGUACAUGGGGAGCCUUUGUUGGGAGUCAUCAGAAUAUGUUACAACAUUGCUUUGCACAGCAAGAGCCCUAUAAAUCAAGCAACAUCGAAGGCAAUGUUAACACAGAUGAUCAACAUCAUAUUCAGGAGAAUGGAAUCUGAUUCUCAAGCUCAGGUUUCUACUUCAACUGGUUCUACUGGGAAUGACGAAGCUGCUUUGGCAGAGAAAUCAGAUUUAAGCACUGAAGAAACUCCUAAUGCUGACCAAAACGAGGAAGAAAUGACUUUGGGGGAUGCACUUAAUCAGAUCAAAGAAACUUCUCUUGCAUCUGUUGAGGAACUCCAUAAUCUUGCAGGCGGUUCUGAUAUCAAGGGUCUGGAGGCUGUUCUUGACAAAGCUGUGCAUACUGAAGAUGGCAAAAAGAUUACAAGAGGGAUUGACCUGGAGAGCAUGGACAUUGGACAACGGGAUGCUUUAUUGGUAUUCCGCACCCUUUGUAAGAUGGGCAUGAAGGAGGAUAAUGAUGAAGUCACCACCAAAACAAGGAUUUUGUCUCUAGAGCUUCUGCAGGGUUUAUUGGAAGGUGUUAGCCAUUCAUUUACAAAGAACUUCCAUUUUAUUGACUCAGUAAAAGCAUAUCUUUCCUAUGCUCUGUUGCGUGCUUCAGUGUCACAAUCUUCAAUCAUAUUUCAGUAUGCAACUGGAAUCUUCUUUGUGCUUUUGUUGCGGUUCAGGGAAAGUCUUAAAGGUGAAGUUGGUGUGUUCUUUCCCUUGAUAGUUCUACGAUCAUUGGAUGGUGCAGAGUGUCCUGCUAACCAAAAAAUGAGUGUUCUUCGGAUGCUUGAAAAAGUUUGUAAGGAUCCUCAAAUGCUUGUUGAUGUAUAUGUGAAUUAUGACUGUGAUCUCGAGGCACCAAACCUGUUUGAACGCAUGGUUACAACCCUAUCUAAAAUAUCUCAAGGGGCUCAAGUUGCAGAUCCAAAUUCUGCUGCUGUGUCGCAGACUACCUCAAUUAAAGGUUCAUCACUUCAGUGUCUUGUGAAUGUACUUAAAUCCCUGCUUGAUUGGGAGAGAUCAUGUAGAGAAUUGGAAAAGAAAAGUAAAAACACCCAAUCUCUUGAAGAAGAGGUUUCAGCUAGAGAAAUUGCAGAGGUAAAAGGCAGGGAAGAUGUGCCCAAUAACUUUGAGAAGGCAAAGGCUCAUAAAUCUACAAUGGAAGCUGCUAUCUCAGAGUUCAAUAGGCAUUCAGUUAAGGGCUUAGAGUAUAUGAUAUCAAACAAGUUGGUGGAAAAUAAUCCUGCUUCAGUUGCUCAAUUUCUGAGAAAUACUCCUAGUUUGAACAAGGCCAUGAUUGGUGAUUAUUUGGGCCAACACGAAGAGUUUCCCCUUGCUGUCAUGCAUGCUUAUGUAGAUUCGAUGAAGUUUUCAGAAAUGAAGUUUGAUACAGCAAUUCGCGAGUUCCUGAAAGGAUUUCGACUUCCAGGGGAAGCUCAAAAGAUAGAUCGUAUCAUGGAAAAGUUUGCAGAGAGAUAUUGUGCAGACAAUCCAGGUCUUUUCAAAAAUGCUGAUACUGCAUAUGUUCUUGCAUAUGCGGUUAUACUGUUGAACACCGAUGCACAUAAUCCAAUGGUGUGGCCAAAAAUGUCUAAGUCAGAUUUUAUACGUAUGAAUGCCAUGAGUGAUGCUGAAGAUUGUGCCCCAACAGAUCUACUGGAAGAGAUAUAUGAUUCGAUUGUCAAGGAUGAGAUAAAACUGAAAGAUGAUGCAGCUGGGAUUGGGAAAAACAGCAAACAAAAGCCAGAAGGUGAAGAGAGAGGUGGCCUUGUCAGUAUUCUUAAUCUUGCUCUUCCCAAACGAAAGUCAUCAACUGAUGCCAAGUCAGAGAAUGAAGCUAUAAUUAAGCAAACACAGGCAAUAUUCCGGAAACAAGGAGCUAGAAGAGGAGUUUUCCAUACAGUACAACAGAUUGAAAUUAUAAGGCCCAUGGUUGAAGCUGUAGGAUGGCCUUUGCUUGUUACUUUCUCUGUCACUAUGGAGGAAGGUGAUAACAAGCCAAGGGUUGUUCUCUGCAUGGAGGGAUUUAAAGCUGGAAUCCACAUUACACAUGUUCUGGGAAUGGAUACCAUGCGUUAUGCUUUUUUAACAUCUCUGGUCCGAUUUACUUUCUUGCAUGCCCCAAAGGAGAUGCGUAGUAAAAAUGUAGAAGCUUUGAGGACUCUGCUUGCACUAUGUGACUCAGAAACGGAUUCCCUUCAAGACACAUGGAAUGCAGUCUUAGAAUGUGUUUCUCGGCUUGAAUACAUCACUUCAACUCCUUCUAUUGCAGUAACUGUCAUGCUUGGAUCAAAUCAAAUUUCCAGGGAUGCUGUUCUUCAAUCCUUAAGAGAAUUGGCUGGGAAACCUGCUGAACAAGUUUUUGUCAAUAGUGUUAAAUUACCCAGUGAUUCGGUUGUAGAGUUCUUCAAUGCUCUAUGUGGUGUUUCAGCAGAAGAACUAAGACAGACUCCUGCUCGUGUAUUUAGUUUGCAAAAGCUUGUUGAGAUCAGCUAUUACAAUAUGGCUCGUAUACGCAUGGUCUGGGCUAGAAUUUGGUCUGUCUUGGCAAAUCACUUUAUCUCUGCUGGGAGUCAUCAUGAUGAGAAAAUUGCCAUGUAUGCCAUAGAUUCUCUAAGGCAGCUUGGAAUGAAGUAUUUGGAGCGUGCUGAACUUGCUAAUUUCACUUUCCAGAAUGACAUUCUUAAACCCUUUGUUGUUCUUAUGCGGAAUAGUAGAAGUCAAUCCAUAAGGAGGCUAAUUGUUGAUUGCAUUGUUCAAAUGAUCAAAUCUAAAGUUGGAAACAUCAAGUCUGGAUGGCGCAGUGUUUUUAUGAUUUUCACUGCUGCUGCUGAUGAUGAGAUGGAAUCAAUUGUUGAAAGUGCAUUUGAAAAUGUUGAACAGGUUAUCUUGGAACACUUUGAUCAGGUUGUUGGGGAUUGUUUCAUGGACUGUGUAAACUGUCUUAUAAGAUUUGCCAACAAUAAAACUUCUCACCGUAUAGGUUUGAAGGCUAUUGCACUUCUCCGCAUAUGCGAGGACCGUCUUGCAGAGGGCCUUAUACCUGGUGGUGCUUUGAAGCCUAUUGAUGUUUCUGUUGAUGCAAACUUUGAUGUGACUGAACAUUAUUGGUUCCCGAUGCUAGCUGGUUUAUCUGAUUUGACAUCAGAUCUAAGACCUGAGGUCAGAAGCUGUGCACUAGAAGUUUUGUUUGAUUUGCUAAAUGAGAGAGGUAGCAAGUUCUCAUCAUCAUUUUGGGAGAGCAUAUUCCAUCGUGUCUUGUUCCCCAUUUUUGAUCAUGUUAGACAUGCUGGAAAGGAAAGCUUAAUCUCUUCUGAUGAUGAAUUGUUUCGAGAAACCAGCAUUCAUUCGCUUCAGUUGCUGUGCAAUCUCUUUAACACUUUCUAUAAGGAAGUGUGUUUCAUGCUGCCACCACUUCUGGGUUUGCUUUUAGACUGCGCAAAAAAGACUGAUCAGACUGUGGUUUCCAUCUCUCUUGGUGCAUUAGUACAUCUUAUAGAAGUUGGAGGCCACCAGUUCAGCGAGAGUGACUGGGAUACUUUGUUGAAAAGCAUAAGAGAUGCUUCAUACACAACACAACCACUUGAGCUGCUCAAUGCUUUGGGUUUUGAAGGUUCUAUGGUGCUAGUUACAGAUUCAGAGGUUGGCACAGAUAACCAUCAGAUUGAUGCCAGUGAUAAUGGACAUGUAUCUCCACUGCCAUCGCCAAGUAUCAGUGCUCAUGGCACUAGAGGGAAUCCUAAUGCAAUGGUCUUACUGGAUCACAACCAAGAAUUUGGACUGCAAAGUAAUUUGGAAGGGUCAGAAGGCCUACCAUCACCUUCAGGAAGAUCCCAGAAACCUGCUGAAGAUCUUCAAAGGAAUCAAACUAUAGGUCAAAAGAUCAUGGGAAACAUGAUGGACAAUCUGUUUAUCAGAAGUUUUACCUCCAAAUCCAAGGCUCGUGUUUCUGAUGCCUCAGCACCAUCUUCUCCUAUCAAGAUUCCAGAUGCUGUGGAGUCUGAUGCCAAAGAGGUGGAAAGUCCACUUAUGGCAACUGUUAGGGGCAAGUGCAUCACUCAAUUAUUACUUCUUGGUGCCAUUGAUAGUAUUCAGAAGAAGUAUUGGAGCAAAUUGAAAGCUUCUCAAAAGAUUGCUAUAAUGGAUGUUUUAUUGUCCAUAUUAGAGUUUGCGGCUUCAUAUAAUUCAUAUUCGAAUCUCAGAAUGCGUAUGCACCAUAUUCCUGUUGAGAGGCCUCCUCUAAAUCUUCUUCGGCAAGAAUUAGCUGGAACUAGCAUUUAUCUAGAUGUGUUGCAGAAAACAACUUCAGGUUUUGAUGCCAUCAACGAGAAACAGCAGGAAUCUAAUGUUGAUGUUGCUCGAGUUCACAAUGAUUCAAGUUUUGCUGGGCAUUCUAGUGGGGAAGAGAAACUUGAAGGAGUUGCAGAAGAGAAACUCGUUUCUUUCUGUGAACAGGUACUAAGGGAAGCAUCCGACCUUCAAUCCAGUGUAGGAGAGACUACUAACAUGGAUGUUCACCGAGUCCUUGAGUUGCGUUCCCCAGUCAUUGUUAAGGUGCUCAAGGGCAUGUGCUUUAUGAACAACAAGAUUUUCAGAAGACACCUGAGAGAGUUCUAUCCCUUGCUUACAAAACUCGUGUGCUGUGAUCAGAUGGAUGUUCGUGGGGCACUCGGUGAUCUUUUCAGGGUGCAGCUGAAAGCUUUACUGCCAUAGUGGUUUUUCUAGUGUCCGUUUGUGGAGGAAUUACUUUCAGCAAGGCAGAACAUUCAAGGUCUGAUUGUCUUAAUGUUCAGCUAAUUUUCCUGCGCUCGACUACGCGUUUUAAUUUCAUUUGUGAAGUUUAUUUGUAGAUUCUUCCCUUUUUUUAAGCAAAUAUACCUCUAGGGACCCGAGUUUCAAGCAUAACAAACAGAAGGUAUGUAGAGUAAGAAGAUAUAGGGAUUAAAUUUUCCUUCUUUUUGUACCAUUUGUUUUUUUUUGCUGGUGAUUUAAUUGAAAUUAUGGCAUGUUGAUAUUCAUAAGAAACGAGAAUCAGCAUGUUGAUGUC